AUGGUGUACAUUGGGAUCCCCCAGAACUACACGACCUCGCCGUCAUCCUUUAUCGGGACUCCGUCCCUGACCAUCAACUAUGCGGCCACUCAGGAUCUUGACUCCUCCAAUGCCUUUGAAGGCCCGGAGAAGCUCCUUGAAGUGUGGUUCGCCCCAUCGGCGAAGGAUCUCGGUCCCUCCAACCCUGCGGGUCUGAAGGCCGUGUCGGAGGAGAUCUGGAAGGACAUGCUCGACCUUGUCAACUGCCAAGUUUUGUCCAUUGUGUCGUCCGAGGAUGUCGACGCGUAUCUCCUGUCCGAGUCCAGCAUGUUCGUGUGGCCCCACAAGCUGAUUCUGAAGACGUGCGGAACCACCACCUUGCUGUCUGGCCUGCCGCGCAUUCUGGAGAUUGCGGCGCUGUUUGGUGGCUUCCAGAAGUCCACGGCUCCUGCAUCACGCGGCAUCUCCGUUGCCGCAGCUCCGUACCGCGUGUUCUACAGCCGGAAGAACUUCCUCUUCCCGGACCGUCAGCGGGGUCCCCACCGGAGCUGGAGGGAUGAGGUGCGCACCAUGGACAAGCUUUUCCUCAAUGGAAGCGCCUACAUGAUUGGCAAGAUGAACGGCGAGCACUGGUACCUGUACCUGACCGAGCCGCAUACCUUACUGACUCCUCCCGCGUCUCCCACGGAGGAAUCGGCGGAGCCGGUAACCGAGACCAAGAUGCUUCAGAUUCCCGAGCGCGUCGCGCCGCAGACGGGAGAUGAAGAUGAGACCUUGGAGGUGCUGAUGACCGAUUUGGAUGAGGAGAACGCCAAGCAGUUCUACCUGGACCACGCCACUGCCGUCGCGGAGAAGCAGUACAGCAACUUUGAAAAGGACAAUGGCGAGCACGUCGACGUGUUCAGCAACACGGCCGACAUGGAUGGCGUGGAGUCGGCUCCCGCGCGUACUCUGCCUCCUGAGCUGACGACGGAGGGUCACGCUCUCGGCACCGUGGUGUCGGAGUCGUGCGGCCUCUCCAACGUCUACCCCAAGGAGAAGUUCCCGGAGUCGCGUGUGGACGCGUAUCUCUUCACACCCUGCGGAUUCUCGGCCAACGGCGUCAUCCCCUCCCCGCACCAGGGCAUGGGAACGCACUACUUCACGGUGCAUGUGACGCCGGAGCCGCAGUGCUCGUACGCGUCCUUCGAGACCAACGUGCCGCAUUCGCAGAACGGGCAGACCACGGCCGACAUCAUCCAGCAGGUGGUCAACAUCUUCAAGCCCGGUCGGUUCACGGUGACGCUCUUCGAGGCCAAGCCGGCAGACGCGGAGCUUGACAGCGUGGAGGAGGGUCGGUUCGUCGAGCGGCAGGCGGCGCGUCGGGCGACCAAGAUGGAGCAUGUGCAGGGCUAUCGGCGGGUGGAUCGGAUCGUGCACGAUCUGGAUGGAUAUGACCUUGUGUUCCGCUACUACGAGCGGCUUGAUUGGAAAGGGGGGGCCCCUCGGCUCGGAGAGGAGCGCGUGUAG